AAUAGUAUGACGAUCCCAAUACCAAAGGAAUCAAUGGCGUGCUUACAGACAACGUCAAAGACCAAAUUUAUGAUAAACGAUAUCUUAUCGUCGUCCGAAAGUAAUAAUAAUCAGCAGCAGCAACAACAACAACAGCACCAACAACAUCUCAAUGGCAAUACAGAUAAAUCUGCUUCAAAUUCACCGAAUAGCGUUUCGUCGGCUGCUGUUUCGGCGGCAGCGGCUGCAGCUGCAGCAAUGCAUCAUCACUUCCAGAAUUUGCCGCAUCAUCUGUUGACACAAAUGCAACGCGAGCAAUUCGCUCAAUCGAAUGGCAGAAUAUCGAGCCCGGAAUAUGAUGAUGGGGGCAGCGAUUGUGACUCGGAUGAGAUGAUGGAUGAUAAUAGUGUUUGUAGUAAUGGAAAAGACGAUGACAAGAUGAAAAAUGGCUACUCGAUGCGCACCGGCAUUCCUGGUUUGAGCAAAAAGCAAAGAAAAGCGCGAACUGCCUUCACGGAUCAUCAGUUACAAACGCUGGAGAAGACUUUCGAGCGUCAAAAGUACUUGAGUGUGCAAGAUCGGAUGGAAUUAGCGAAUAAACUGAAUUUGAGUGAUACACAAGUCAAAACUUGGUAUCAAAAUCGAAGAACCAAAUGGAAGCGCCAAACAGCCGUUGGUCUCGAACUACUUGCGGAAGCUGGCAACUACGCUGCCUUCCAACGACUUUAUGGAGGUCCCCCCUACAUGGGUGGCUGGCCCUACCAAUCUGCUCAAUCGCAUCCCGGCGCCUCGCCAUCCAUGGCAGACCUGUACUACCGCCAAGCAGCUGCCGCCGCAGCACUACAAAAACCCCUUCCGUACCGCUUGUAUCCGCCAGUGCCGUCACUUGCGCCCCUCGGAACGCUUCCGGGACACCAAUUCUCACCAAUUAGCUCUGCACCGGGCGCCACAAGCCCCAUUUCGUCGCUCACGAAUUUCUAUCAAGCCAGCAAGGGUGACAGUCAUUCGUCGGCAACGACACGAUCGAGUCCCAGUCCGCCACUGAAUCCCGGAAGUCCGCCGCCUAAAACGACAAAAGACGAUGAGCGACGAGAACGACGCGAAAGUUGUAGUGACGACGAAGAAAACAUUCAAACUGAAUUAUUCCAUGAAGUUAAUGAAACAUCAAUUUUACCAACUGCACCAACUACCCCUAUUUUACAAAAUAUCACAUUGGAGGCAAAUUACACUUGUGGCGAAGAAAAAGAACUAUUUCUCGUGAACGAUGAAUCAUUGGAAAUUUAUUUAAAGAAAUGUCCGAAGACGAGAAAAGUAGAUGUUAUUGGUCAAGAUGAACUUUUCACGAAUAUUUCGGUAUCUUUUCGUCGUUUGAAGCACUCAAAACGAAAUAAGACACUUAAAAUUUCAUUUUUCAACGUGACCAAUGUCAAUUUUGAUGACGACCUGGAUUUUUGUUCUCCCUUAAUAAAUGUUUCCUUGACUUACGUGAAGGAAGUGCAUCUUUUGCGGAAACUCUAUGACGAAGGAUGUGUCACUUUUGAUAACGACAACUCUAUGACGGUGUUCAUUCGAGCAAAAGAGAAAACACCGAAAUAUUCCGAAUCAGCUUUGAAAUCAUUAGCUGCCGUUGUUGCCAUUUUAUCUCUAAUAAUAAUCGCCUUGAGCUAUUAUGCCUUUUGUUUCGUCAGUCCCUCACGAUGGCAAAAAAGAAACUCUGAACGACCAAAAUCUGUCAAAAGAUCGAUUACCGUUGAGCCCGUUGAUCGGUUGAGCAUUCGUCGACCAACGAUUUUGCCGGAAGUGCAAAGAACGAUUGCUGAAGAAGCCAAAAGUGCGACUUUGAAACGGAAACAAAAAUCAGUUGAAGAUAUUUCAGAACCGAAAAACGAGGAAACUUCAAAAAACAUUGAAACAACUGCAGAAGUUCAUGUAGAAAACUCAGCGCCAAAACCUAAGCUAUCUUACGUUCUAGGACCGAUCAUAGAACCUCAAGUACAACGAAAGAUCGCCGAAGAAGCAUCAGACAAAGUAAAAAGUAAUGCAAACUCUCUAAAAGGUUCAAAGGACGAACUUUCGAUACAAGUUGAGGAUCCUUCAAACGAUUUCAUUCGAAAAGAAGGAACCUCCGCCUCUGACAAAACCCAAGAUCGACCAACGUCAAAAAUUCCCGUUGCUCGAAAAACAAGCUCCGGAUCUAAAAAAUGA